UGAACGGCAGAGUUCUCCUGGCAGCCAACAUGAAGGGUCUAGUCUCGUUCUGCUGCUUCCUCGCUGUGCUGGUCCUGGGGACAGCAGAACCAGCAUCUGAAGAAGUCGUCAGCCACCCAAAGAUCCACGAUGAACCGCUGGUACGACUCCAGCUGAAGCACAAUGGGGGCGACCUCCUUACGUGUACGUGCAACGGAGACAACAACCCCCUCUUUAACGGCAUCAAAAAGACUAUAGAAAGUAUAGAAACUGAGGAAGACAUAGUCCCGAAACCUGAUGUGGUAUCAGCCCUGGAUGGGGAAGAGAACGAGAAGAACGAAGAGCUGACCUCUGCAGAGGAUGGAGAGCCUAAUGCCUCAGAACAAGACAGCGCAGAGGCUGCAGAACAGAACCCUUCAGAAGAAGAGGAGGAACACUUGCAGGAUGAAGAAUCAGAUGCCUCAGAGGAGCAGGAUGGGGAAGAGACUGCAGAGAAGAACACCUCUGAAGAAGAAGAAGAAGAAGAAGAAGAAGAAGAAGAAGAAGAAGAAGAAGAAGAAGAAGAAUCAAAGACGUUAGAUGAAGAUGUAGUUGAAGAAUCAAAUUCCUCGGAUGAUAAUGUAGAGGUUGCAGAUCAGGAAACACAAGAAGAAGAAAAGGGUGAAGAAUCAAUUGCAUCUACAGGAGAAGAUGCAGAUUUAGAGUCUGAAGAACAGAUUGCAUCAGAAGAAGAGACUGGAGGAGAGUCCACAUCAGAGGAAGAAGAAAAGGAUGCCUCAGAAGACGACACGGAUGCUAGUGAAUCUGAAGAAGAACAACAGCCUGAUGUAGACGAGGGGGAUUCGACUGCAGAGGUGAUGGAACUUGUAGAGGCUGAAGUGGAUGAUGCUGCCGGUGCCUCCCUUGAGUCUGAGGAGCAAAGCGAUGAGAGUGAAAGUCUAAACCGGGAAGAUGAGACUAACCCUGAGUCAGAAGGAGAGGAUGAAAAACAAGAUGACAUGAUCAUGGGUGACAGGAACACCCAUGAUCAUGAACGCUUGAGAGAAGUACCAGAGGACAACCAAGAAUUGACAGGAGAACAAGAUGAUGAUAAUGUGCAGGAUUCCUCGCAGGACCAGGUGGAACUCCAAGAGACGGAGGCAGAAAAUUAUGCUUCUGAUUCUAAGGGUGACAUCAGUCAAGAAGAUGAUGAGAGUGAAGAGAAUCUGGAACCCGCAGAAGACGUAGAGACUCAGGAGGAGGCUAAGGAAGGACAAGGGGUUGAGCAAGAAAGGGAUGAAGAACAGCAAGAUUCUGCUCCAGAGGACAAAAGUGAUUCUGUGGAGGAGGAGAAGGUGGGAGAAGGCGGAUCUCAAGAGGAGCACAACCCUGAGACAGCCGAUGAAAGAGACAGUGAGGAUUUGUCUGAUCAAACUGAAAGUUCUGAUGAUAAAAAAGUGUUUGAUUUGGAAGAUGUCAGUCCUGAAGAAGAGGAGGAGGAAGAAGCUAACAGUGAAGAAUCUAGCACAGAAAGCAUUGAUACAGAAGAAAAUGCCACAAGAUCUCAGGAGGAGAAAGAGUCUGGUGAGCUGGGUCAGGAAGGAGGUCUGCCUGUUAAUGGCGAGGCAGGAGAAGAGGGAUCAACGGGAGAGACAGAUCCAGAAGAUGUUGAAACCCCAACCUCUGAUCAACCAGGGACAGAAGAAUCUGCCGAGGAAAAACACGAGGAGGGAGAAGAAAUAGAAGCAGCAUCUACAGUGGACGAGAAAGGCGGCGAGGAGGGACCUCAAGAUGCUGACGUCAAACCAGAACCCGGAGAAGCCACCGAGUCUGAGGACCGUUCGGCAACACAGAAAACAAAAUCUAAAAUACCCAAAUCAAGGGUAACAAGAGAAGAUGAGGAUGAAUUGUUGGCCUCUCUCCUUAGAGACAGGUCUCACAUUGAAGAGACACUCAGGCUGAAGGAGGACACCAAGUCAGAUGAUUACUCGGCUGCACUCCAACGCCUACGAAAGAUCUACCACUCGGCUAUCAAACCUAUGGAGCAGGCCUACAGGUACAAUGAGCUGAGGCAGCACGAGAUCUCGGCCUACCCUGGACGAACGUUAGGUGCCUCGGCGACAGAUGGGGAGAUCACCUCCAAACCUAUGGUGCUGUUCCUGGGACCAUGGAGCGUUGGCAAGUCCUCAAUGAUAAACUACCUCCUGGGGCUGCAUGACACUCCUUACCAGCUGUACACAGGGGCUGAGCCCACGACCUCCGAGUUCACGGUGAUCAUGCAUGGUGAGAAGAUCCGCUCCAUCGAGGGCAUCGUCAUGGCGGCCGACAGUUCCCGCUCCUUCUCCCCCCUGGAGAAGUUCGGACAGAACUUCCUGGAGAAGCUGGUUGGCAUCGAGAUGCCACACAAGAUGCUGGAGAGAGUCACCUUCGUGGACACGCCGGGCAUCAUUGAGAACCGCAAGCAGCAAGAGAGAGGCUACCCCUUCAACGAUGUGUGCCAGUGGUUCAUCGACCGUGCUGACCUGAUCUUUGUAGUCUUUGACCCCACCAAGCUUGACGUGGGUCUGGAGCUGGAAACGCUUUUCCGACAGCUCAAGGGGCGCGAGUCGCAGAUCCGAAUCAUCCUAAACAAAGCAGACAGCCUGGUCACUCAGGACCUGAUGAGAGUCUACGGCGCCCUCUUCUGGAGCCUGGCCCCGCUCAUUAACGUGACCGAGCCCCCCCGCGUCUACGUCAGCUCCUUCUGGCCCCUGGACUACGCGGCCGACACCAGCCGGGAACUCUUCAAGAAAGAAGAGAUCUCUCUGCUGGAGGACCUGAACCAGGUUAUCGAGAACCGGCUUGAAAACAAGAUCGCUUUCAUCCGGCAGCACGGCAUCCGAGUGCGCAUUCACGCCCUGCUGGUGGACCGCUACCUCCAGACCUACCGCGACAAGAUGACCUUCUUCAGUGACCCCGAGCUGGUCUUCCAGGAGAUCCUGGACGACCCGGACAAGUUCUACAUCUUCAAGUCCAUCCUGGCCAAGACCAACGUCAGCAAGUUCGACUUGCCCAACCGCGACGCCUACCGCGACUUCUUCGGGAUCAACUCCAUCAGCAACUUCAAGCUGCUGUCCGCGCAGUGCUCCUACAUGGGAGGCUGCCUGCUGGAGAAGAUCGAGAGGGCCAUCACCCACGAGCUCCCAGGCCUCUUGGGGAGUAUCGCUUCAGAUAGGAACCCAUCUCUAUCGUCCUGCGAAGCCACCGGCUGCGGAGAGAAGCCCAAGAACCGCUACAAAAAGCACUGAAGAGGGGGAGAGGAGGAGGAGGAGGAGGAGGAGAGGAAAGGAGAAAUUAGCUUUUCUGUUCACAAAAAAAAAUAGG